AUGAUCCGAGCAAGAAAAGGUGGAGUUUUGUUGCUGAUAUGGGCACAGCGAUGCUGCCUCUUAUCGGUGUGGUUUCUCAAGGGUUUAGGGUCUCACCAACAGGUCACGAGUGAAGCUUAUGACCCUGAGACUAACUCAUGGAGCCCUGGAAACUCGAGGGCUAUAGAAGCUGCGGCUCUUGUUCCGCUAAGGAAUAAGCUUUGUAUAAUCAGGAACAACAAUAAGCUUUGUAUAAUCAGGAACAACAUAAGCAUGAGUCUAGUUGAUGUAUUGAAUCCUGAUAAGAAUAAUCCUCGAGUAUGGGAAAACAUUGCGGUGAAAGGACAGUACAAGAACAAACUCAGGAUAACAUAG